AGCCACGAAGCGCAGCGAUACGACACGAUAGAUCCCGAUCGGGACACGGCCGAGAAUCGCCUGAAUCGCGCUGGCCGUAGAAACACACGCGUUUGGACCGGUGUGCUGACCGCACAGCAUCAGGGUCCAGGGACUACUUGAUCUUUUAACUAACGAAACGAAAACCCUCUGACCCCUCAACCUGCCGGCUUAAAUAUACACGCGCUUUUUACUGCUUUUUGGUAUUAGUUUAUUUUUUAUGUUGGGAUUGACUCUGUUAAUUUUGUUUGGUGUUUUCUUUUCAAGUGACUGACACAGUGACGAUGAUUUAGUGAAACUAUUAUUUUUUCUUUUGGAAAUGAUAGACAAAUUAUUUUAGUGCGCGAUAGACUGCCAGUCUAACAAUUUUCAAAAUGAGAAUUAAAAUGCCAGCGGUCAGAAUCGCACAAGGUAAAGACUCCAAAUCAUCUAACAGCUCUAUAAUAAAUGCAGAUGGAGUGGAAGAGGAUCCCCAUCAAGACAUUCUGACCUGCGGCGUCUGUCAAAAACCCUUCGCCCUCUCCGAUAUUGUCCGUUUUAUUCAGCAUAAAGUGACAUCCUGCAACAAAGAAAACUUCGGUCAGUGCUACACCAACAACGAAAAAGAUAGAGAUGGAGACGAGGGAAAUUUACCACUUUCAACUAUCAAUACCAGGAGACCAAGCAUAUCAGCUCCAAUUUCUGGAAAGAAAGCAACUGGAAACAGGGUCCAUACUCCACCACCAGCAUCACCACGACUACCUGCUCCAGGAGAUUUAUGCGUCGAUGGAGCCGCUUCUUCAACUCCGAAAAGGCGAGCUUCCUCACCGCUAACAAGUUCAAGUCCCGAAGAGGACAUAAAACCUUUAAUCAAACAAGAAAAAAUGGAUAAUACGACUUCUUCCGAAGAAAAUAGUUGUAAACGGUCUCGAACAGAAGUUGCUGAUGCAGAAUCAAAUACGACGCAUAGUGAGCCCAGUAAUUACGUCUGUAGUACUUGCAAAGCUCGCUUACAUUCAGCAUGGAGGCUCGUUCAACAUGUACAACACGCACAUGGAAUUAAAAUAUAUGUGGAAAGCUCACCCACGAGUUCCAAGAUUAGUAGCAGUAACAAUCAUAGCGGAAGUAGCUCCAGUAGUUCUAGCUCGGGCUGUUCUGCAGGAGCAGUACCACCGCCUCCACCGAAUAUGAGACACCAUUUGCUUCCUCCACCUGAUCUACAUAAUCCAUUUGGAGUUGGUGGUUUACUAAGAUUGCCGUUACCACCUUUAAACCAUGGUCCUGUACCUCCAGCUCCACUUUUUUCGCGACCCGAUCAUCACUACAGGAUAGAUCAGUUAGUAAGUGAACAGUUUCGCCACCACGGACUUAAUUUAGCAGCAGCUGCUGCAGCUGUAGCUGCAGGAAAUGUUCCUCCACCACCACACACUAGUUUUCCAUCUCCGGCGGAAAGAAAUAACGUUGUUAAUAGUAUACAGUCUAGAGACCGAGGAACUCCAAAUCAACCUUUAUCAUUAGAACCCCAGCUGGAUUUUUACUCGCAGCGGUUGAGGCAAUUGGCAGGCACCACCAGCCCGGGAACGGCACAGGCAGGCUCACCGUUACCCCGCAAGCACUCACCGCCUUUUGCGAGUCCCUCCCCUUCCCAAAUGCCGCCAACUUCUAUUCCCAAUAAUACCAGUUCCAGUAGUAAUCAUAACAAUAAUAAUUUGAGUAGCAAUAGUAGUAGGCCACCGAGCGUUUCUCCACCGACGAAGUCGGAUGACCAAAUUUUGAAUACUCCGAGAUCAGCCAGUACUCCACCAGGGAAACCAGGAUCACCUAAAAAUUCAAAUUCUGCAGAUAAUGUUCAUUCUUGUGAUUAUUGUGGGAAGAAGUUUCGUUACCAAAAUAACCUUGAAGUUCAUAAACGAACUCAUACAGGUGAACUCCCAUAUAAAUGUACAGUUUGUGAUCAUGUUUGUGCGCAAAGUUCUAAAUUAAAAAAGCAUAUGAAAAUACAUCGAACUCCAGAUGACCGGAAUAGUAAUGCUGGUUCAGUGGAGACAUUAGAUGGUGAUGAUAGCGAAGAGGAUGAAGAAGUGGAAGACGAGGAGGAAGAUGAGGAAGAAAUGGAGGAAGAAGAAGAAGCGGAAGAUUUAAGUGUUCCUAGCCAAAUUCCAAAAAACCCAACGAGUCCAUCAGCUUCACUAGUUGGUGAACUGAUGGACAAAUUUGGUUUGAGUAAUAUAGCUCAAUAUAGUGAAGCAUAUAAACAGGCUUUACAAGAAUCUAGUACUGCCCUGAAACUUCAGUUUCAUAAAGACAGGGACAACAAUAAUACAAGUUUACUAACUCACCUUAAAAUUAAAGAUGAGUUUGCCAAAGGUUUGUUACCAGUACCACCUCCACAACCAUUACCUCUUUUUCCUCCAUUUAACGAUACAUUUGAUGCAUCCAAGCGACUGAAAAUGGAACUAGAAAGAAAUGACUGGUGGUUACCUAGUUUACCAAGAGACAGUAAGGGACUACCUGGUCCUAGUGCACUAAUUCCAAAUCCUUUAAUCAAAAAAGAAUCACGACGUAACGAUACUUGUGAAUAUUGUGGAAAAGUUUUUAAAAAUUGUUCAAAUUUAACGGUACACAGAAGAUCACACACAGGCGAGAAACCUUAUAAAUGUGAACUUUGUUCCUAUGCUUGUGCGCAGAGUUCCAAGCUUACACGCCACAUGAAGACACAUGGUAGAAUCGGUAAAGACGUUUAUAGGUGUCGAUUCUGUGAAAUGCCGUUUUCGGUUCCUUCAACAUUAGAAAAGCAUAUGCGAAAAUGUGUAGUCAAUCAAGGUAAGGGUCAUUUGUUAGGCACAAUGCCCAUGCUAUCAGGAGACGAGGAUUCAUCGACGAGCAUAACCUCCAAAGAGGCCGUAUGACUCUUUCCGUGGGGUGGGAUGAGAUUGCCCCCUCCACCUCCCAGUUUAACGUACUAGUCCUAAUGAACUCUUUAGAAGAAUUGUUGUUGUGAACAGUGAUUUUUGCCUCCAUCUGGCCUAAUUUGAUUUUUUGUUGAUAUUUUCUAAGAGGUGAAGUCAACCUAAAAUAAAAUUAACCUAGAACUGUUAAUGAAGAGUAUUGCAAUGAUAAUUUUGGAAUAUUUGUUAAAUUUUUAAUUAUUUUUAUUGAUUUAUUAUAUGAUUAUUAUGGUAUAAUAUGAACAUUUGGCAAAAUUUAACCCCAACUGUAUUUUAUUUGUACUACUCACUGAUCAUAAAAGAGCUGGAAAAAGUUAUUGUUAAAGAAUUAGAAGAGGGUAAGGAGAAAUUGAACAGUUUAGAGCUAAUCGUCAAUUGAUUAUCAGUGGUACAGUCUGUUUGGUGUUGGAUUAGAUAUAGCCCACUGAAGGAAGCACUAAAAUCGGCAACGUUGCUUAUGACAAUGAGUUGCAUUGCCACUGUAGAAUUACGAAUCAGGUGCAUUAAGUAGAAGCGGGGAAGCAGUGUUGCCGUGUAUAGGUGUCUAAUUUAAAACUAAACGGUCUGUAUAAUAGUUAUUCGUACAAUUUUACCAAAUGGUAUUUUAGAGUAAAGUUAAAGUUUUCUACUGAAUUUGACUAAAUUAUAAUUGCAUAUUCUUCCUGUUUUAUGACAUAAAAAUGUAUAGUAUUAAUAUAUUAUAUAAACGUUUAUCCCUAAAUAAAAUUCACUUGACGGGAUACGUAUUUUCUUUGUAACUGAUACCAAAGCAAUGUUCUUUUUCCUAAUUAUUAUUCAUUAUUGAGUUUAUUGAUUAAUUACUUGUAUAUUUGUAAUUAGAUAUAUGUUGAGACUGAGAGGGCUAGAUUUUUCAAUAUUUUUUAGGGGCAUUUGUGCCGUCGACGUUUUAGCCCUGUGUACAUUCCCUAUCAUAUCAUUUUUUGGCCAGUAAUAGCCGGUUGUAUAUAUUUCUACGUAGUUAUUUAUUUUUCACAAGGUUUUGGAAAAGUCGUUACAAUAACUCGUUAAAAAACGAAAUAAAAACUGUUUAAUACACACGGUCGAAACAAAAGACUUACAAACGAUAUAAUUAUACAAGUGUACACUCAAGCGUGUCUAGAUUUUGGUGACUACAGAUUGUAAUUCUUAUACGAGGUCUGUACCAAACGCUGAAGUAACUGAGAUAGUUUGAAGUUUAAUUCUUGCAAUGGCUUCCAAUAAUACCGUUAAAUUCGAGACUUGCGUUUUGUCAAAAUCUGUUGCACAAGAAUCCAUGGAUGUGCGCAUUGUUGGAAUGAAGAAACCAGUCGCCGAAUAAUGGUGCAUGGAUGAACACUUCCAUUGUGAAGACUGUUGUAUUGUUUUGGGAUCAUAAAGACAAACCUACAACUCGUCAACUUGUAGGCAUUCAUCAUCAUUCGGAGUGACUUUCCUAGAGAAAUUUUUUUAAAUAAAUUUGUCACAGAUGCAAGUCAUGGUGAGCAAAACCAAUUAUACAUCUGUGUUUUACUCAUACAUUUAUAUUAAAGAACUAUUGCAUCAUUUGCACAUCUUCCACACAUCUUUUUCGAGUGACAUUUUUGCAAUUAACUAGUUUUGAUGGGAAAUAAGCCACAAUUUUACUAAAAAAAUGAUUUUAUUAACGUUUCGACGCCCAAAUCGUGUGUCGUUGUCAAAAUACAAAAAAUAUUAAUGAUUUGGGCAUUAAUUGACUCCCGAUUGGGGCGUCGAAAGUUAAUAAAAUAAUUUUUUUAGUAAAAUUGCGGCUUAUUUUCCAUCAAAACUAGUUAAUCUUUGUUGAGUUUAAAAUAGUGCGAAUUGACUGGUCGCAUUGACUGGUUCGUUAUUUUCGGUGAUAACAAAAAGGGACGAACAAAAAAUAAACGAUGCGUGUAGGGAUGGACUCGAGCCGAGCCGAGCUUUUGACAAGCUUGAGCUCCUCUAGAAAUUUCGAGCCGAGCUCGAGAUAGAAACUCGGCUUGAACUUCGAGCUGCAGGUUGAGCUCGUGGCUCGUGUCGGCUCGGCUCGAAUAUUUCGAGCCGAGCGGGGUUCGGCUGGAAUUUAUUCCAUAUUUUACGGAGACACUGUAUAUUGAAAAUACACAUUUUUUGUAGUCUAAAUUACUUAUUUUCAAACAAAAGUAUCAGCUGUAGCAGAAAUAAAUAAAUUAGAAAAACUAUUAGAAUAUUGGCAAAAAUAUUGACAAGCUCGUUAAGGAAAGCUCGGCUCGUUUCGAAUUCAGCUCGUUUCGGCUCGAAACAAAUUUGAUUUGACUUAUAGCUCGGCUCGCAAGGACAAGCCGAGUCGAGCUAAGCUCGGGCUAGUGACCAUUCCUAGAUGCGCGAUGUAUAUACAAGUCUGUUACUGUGAACUAGACACCUCCGUUGGUAUUAUAAUUGCGAUAUACAUACUAAUGUCAAUACUGUCAAUUGCGUGAGGAAGUACUUACAUUUGUUCCCCAGAGAGGACACUGGAGCAUUUUGACGCCAACUUAUGAACGAAGAUCGGACACUUUGGUACAGAUUUCGUAUAAUUAAUAAGUAUUUGAUCUUGCAUUUAGUAGAUAAUGAUAAUUAAUCUAAACGACUAGCGAACAUGUCAAUACAUAGUGAUGGUGAUAAAUAAAGUAAGAAAUUAAAAUACACUCACUGGAUCAAAAUUUCGCCACCCAAAAUUUUUGAUUAAGUUUGACAAUUUAUAACUUUAUUAUUUGUACUCCGAUUUUAAAGAUUCUUGCAUCAGUUUGUAGGUACAUGUUUUCAUGUCGUUUACUAUUAUUCCUGUAACAAAAAAAUGUUUGCUUAGAUAACAUUAUACGGGGGUGAAUGGAAGCGUUGUAUUUUCCCCUAACUUUAAAAAAUUCUGUGGAAAAAUUGGAGGGCUGAUUUUGUUACAUACUCCUUUUGUAUUAUCCUGGAGGCAUUCUUAAUUUUUGAAUUAUCUGAAUAUCUUUUUUCUUUUAAAAGCUGUAAAUAAAAACACUACUUUGAAGGUUUACUUAAUUAAACAUAUCAAACGCACUUAAAAAUUACAACACAAAACAAAAUUAACAACAAAAUAAAACAAUUUACUAGCGGGUAUGUCUACCUCUCGCAGCAACGACUGCUUGCAAUCUGUUUGGUAUCGAAUAAUGAUAAUAUGUUAUCCUUGCCUGGGGAAUAGUCCGAUAUUCCUCUACCAGGGCCAUAACUGUACCAAAUUUUCUGGAGGCCUAGGAGACGACGAAUAGCUAUUUUUAAUUAAUCCUAUAAAUGCUCAAUAGGAUUGAAAUCUGGGCUCCAUGCGGGCCAUUCUAAUCGUAUCAAUCCAACCUCUAUUUAAGAUAUUUAUGUUUAUGAUUCGAUCAGCGUUUUUAUUUACAAAAACUCUUAGGAAUAUCUCCAGGAUAAAAUCAUAUAAAAGGAGCAUGUAAUAAAAUCAGCCCUGACGACACCAAAACAUGUACCUAUAAAUUGAUGCAAGAAUCUCGAAAAUCGGAUACAAAUAAUACAAAUAAUAAUACAAAUAAUACGAAAAUCCAAAUAAUAAAGUUAUGAAUUGUCAAACUUAAUCAAACAGUUAGUGUAUAUCUUCAAACAGGCAGGUUAAAGAAACUACGGCACCUAAAUUAAGAGUUCUACGAUAAGUAAAUUAACGGUAUUACUAAAUUAUAAAAUAUAUAUUAUUGUUUGUAGAUUCGACCAAACGUAUCAAGCAAUUUAAUUGUUUUAAAUAUAUACUUGUCGAUUAUUCCACGACCCUUGCCCCAGUUAUCCCCAGUGUAAAAUAAAUAAUAAUAAUAAUAUGUCUCUUUAUAUUUGGAAAAUAGUGUUACCUAGUAAAUAUUUCGUACAAAAUUUCUGUCUGUGUUGUUUCAAACCAUAAAAAUAAGUAAAUAUCCAAAGAAUUAAGACGUAAAUAAUAUUAAUUUCCGUUGUUUAAUUUUGUAUAUUUGCUGUUAUUAUUAAAUCUAUAUUUUACUAAAAGGAAAAUGGAUAAUAGAUUUUAUUGUAGAGUUUUUUAUUAAAACUAAAUAAGGACGAAACUUUCAAAAAAAUUAUAUUUUGUUUUCUGAUUAUUUUAUACUAUCAAAUGAAGAACAUUUUAAAGAGUUCUCCCUUCGUAACACCAUGCAUGGAUGGAACAACUUUCUUGUUGCAAAAUAUUUUUUUCUGCUUUAAAACAACUAUGGAAUUUAUUGAUGCAAUUUCUCCUACAAUUGGAUUAAUAAAUGCAGCUUAUACAACCAGCUUCAGCACUACUAAUAUUUGGGAUCAUAAGGAGUAAUAUAAAAUGAGUCAUUGGUUGAGUCUAUACUGAGCAUAUUUUGAAAUUUGAGGUACCUAAUACUUAAAAUGCGUUCAGAAAGUAUUUGUAGAUCUAAUUUUUUGAAAUUUAUAUGUGUUAAAAUCAUGCGAAAAAAAAAUAAAAACAAUAAAGUUUAUUAUCCUAUCAGAAUUCAAAGAGUUUAUACAAAGAAUACAUUCAUUUAUUUUAUCAAUGAUAUACUACUACAAAAGUUACAAUAAACAGAAAAAAAAACAGACUAAAAUGUUAGUUCUAAAGAUGUACAUAAUCUUUAUACAUAAUUUUGUAUAUUAUAAUCUUUAAUAUGGUUAGAAAUAAAUUAUGGCACAUAGCCAAUAUCAGAUCGAAUUUUUAAUAAAAAGUCAAUAGAUAAUGAAUUUGAUACGCUGCUCUAUAGUACAACUUUUGUAGUGAUAUAAACAUUACUAAAAUAUAUAUUCAUCAUUCAAAUAUCAAAAAAGUAUUGAUGAUAGUAUUAAAUAAAAAACAGGACCGAUUUUAUCAGUAUUUGUUAUAUUUUUAAGCAUUUCUAAUAAAUAUGUUGCAUACAAAUUGAAAAAUACCCGAAUUUUGAUUGUUAAAUAAAUGGUGUACUUUUAAUGUUUUAUUAGUUUUUAUUAAUAUUAGUAAUGCCUACAUUUUUUGGAUCCCAUUUUUUGUUGUACAGUAAAAUGAAAUUUUUCAUUUUUCACAGCUGUUAACCAAGUCAAUGUGGUAAUUAUACAAUAUUCCCAAUUUUAAUUUAUUUUUUAUAACAAAGCAAUAAGACUAUCACUAAAUUUUGAAUAAAGUGAUUCGAUUAAAACAAAGUGUUUCAAUAAAUAUCUAUCAAAACUCCCAAACUAUGAAGAACUUAUAAAUAAUGUUACUUUAAUUAAUGCUAUAUCCCCUUUAUGGACACACAAAAAGGAUGUAACUCAGUUUGGUGGAGAUUGCCUUACCUAAUAUCUAAAAUGACAGCGUAAAUAUGUAUAUGGAAAAUGCACACAAAUUGUACAGAAGGGAAGAAAAUUAAAGAAGAAGAGAAGACAAAAACACGAAAAGUAGACAAUAUAUUAUAAAACAGUAAAUUUGAAUAUAUGUAAUAAUUCAGCAUUUUAAAUACUAUUGGAAAUUCAGUUAGCAUCUCAGUAGUAUUCUCUGUUAAUAUUCUUCCGAUCUAUUAUGCAGGUAUAUGAACCUGUUGACUCUAGUAAUAAGUACAAUAACCCCACGUUGCGGUGAAAUUAUUAAAUAUUUACUUUUUGAUAAAUUUGGAGUAUCGCACAUCAGUGUUGGUGAUAGCAAUUUUAGUAAGUUGUUUACUUCAUACAAUGAUAGAAAUUCCAUCACAAUGUCGUUAGUCCACUCCAUAGAAAAAUUACCAGGACACUGACCCUCCUAGUAUGUAUCAGCUUCUGAUUACCUUUGAACCGUGUUCAUUUUCCGACAAACCAUGGGAGAGCUCUCGACGCUGGCCAUAACUACAGGGUUUGGCAGUAGCCCAAGGAUCGUAAAUCACAAAUUUUUAGGAAAAUAACGCUAUUUCACUUGGCGUUUUCUAUCUCUCUUGGCGUGACACGCCACAUUCUAUUGGAUCCCAGCUUAUCACAGCGAAUGACGAGCUUUCGAUCGUCUAGCCUUUUGGAGGAGUCCGGUAAUACGGAUGUAAAGUAACAUUUACGGAGUAAAUGACGUGAAAAUACGUCAUUUACUGCAUUUUUCGUAACAGCGAGCUGCUUAAGGCAUUGACGAUUCCGGAACUUGCAAUGACAUCUUCUACAUUUACGUAGAAUGCUCUUGGACAAGAUAUUGGUAGAAUUCAAAAGAAUUAUUUAAAGCUGUGGAAAUUGGUCGUAGAAUAGUAUAUUAUGUAACGAGCAUUUAAUGAUGGUCAUUAUGAAGCGAGUAUGAGGGAUACGAAACGAGCCGUUUAGCGGUGAGUUUCGUAUAGAGUACGAGCUUCAUAAUGAUAAUUAAAUGCAAGUUGGAUACACGAUUUUUUUUAUGAUCAUCCACAACAAAAAAUAUAUUCAAAUUUAUUAAUAUUGUAACGCAAACUAAGUAGUUUGUCAGUUUGUUUAUAUAUUGAGAACUGUCAAAGCGUAUGUAUUUUACUCACCAUUGGUUACUGCGCGUGUGCCACCUUCAUCGCGAAUGCCAUAUCGCGAUUCUAUUGGUUAAAAAUCUGUAUCGUAAUGAAAAUCUGUAUCAUAAUGAAGUUUCAUUAUGAUACAGGUAGUGCAUUCAUAAUUGAUAUAUUGUAUGAGAUUAUAGUAUGAGAAUAGAAAAAAGCUAUUUAUAUAAUUGCAGAAGAUUAAAAAGAUUACAUAAAAAACACACGGCAAGUACAUUCAACCUAAAAAAUGUGAUAUAAAAUUAAUUCCACUGACUUUAAAAUAAUUUAUUGAAACUCUUUGUUUAAAUUUCACGAAACAAAUGUAAAAAUGCCAACUUCAUUUAACUGUAGACAGAAAAAUAAUUUUGUGGCUUAUGAAUGACAUCAAUUAUUAUCCAUUACUUCCACUGUUUCUGUAAAAAUGUAUUUCAAACUAAAAUAUGUGUGUUAGAUACCCGAAUCUUCAGCAGAUGAAUUUAGAGACAUAAAUCUUAUUGCCAUAAAAACACCUUAUUAACAAUUUAUGUAUUUAUAUAUACCUCACUAUAUGUCUAGUGAGAUUUUAUAUAAUUUUAAUAUUAUCAAUAUAUUUAUUUUAUAAUAAAACCAGAUGUAUGUCUUUUGUUCCAUUCUAUUGUAACAUUCCAUAGAGCUCUAUUCAAUAAAUAGAACAAUGUGAUCAAUAUAGUAAAUAUUGGCUUCUAUUAACAUUUGUAAUCAAUUCUGCCUUUAACGCCAACCUACAUCAUCAUGAGUUCUAGAGUCAAAGGGAUCUUUUAACUUCGUUUACUUUUCCAUACUGUGACUUGAAAGAUAUUUUAUAUAAUAGUCUCCCGUUUUAUACCAUUAACGCGGCUUUGGGAUUAUAUCAGAGUAGUCUGCUAUAUCUAGGGCCUACGGUAUACAAGGAAGGUAACAGGGCCAGUGCUACGCUUUAACCGCCUAUUAUUACCCCUGGUUUUACCCAAGGUACUCAUUUUAUUUAGGCUGAGUCGACCUGGUGCCUAUAGACAUUUUUAAAAAUGUCGAGCUGUUCUUGAACGCUGGAGUGCUGGGUCUCGAACCCCUACAAGCAUGCGAGUUAGACAUCGUACCGCUGAGCUACGCCGGCCCUAUUAUUUAUUUAUACCCUACAGAUUUGUUUCUAGCUUUGGGUACUCUUAAGUACCUACUGUGGACCUUGGGUUGCUCAACAUUUUCCUUUCUGAGCCGUUCUUGCUCAACCACCGGACAUGUUUCUUUACCGAGUUUAAUGUUUUUUUGAUUAUUUUUUAGUAGCCGUAUUAUUUUUUUUCACCUUCGAAAAUAUUGUCUGUUCGGGAUAUAGUUCUAUAGGUACUUUUCAUUGCUUGCCUUGUUUGUCUGUUCCUGAUUAACUCUUGUCCCACGAGAAUAUAAUGCUAAUAAACUUAUGUAGUCAGCAAGAAUCUCAUGUAACAUAGUAGUGACUAAUAUAAGCCAUUCCCCAGUCCUGCAACUUAAUUUCUGAGUUUCAUGUGAUUUUCAUCCACCUAGCUGGCCAAUUAAGGCAAGCCUAUACAUCAGUAAGUACUUUUUCAACAAAUAAAUUUUUUCUUUAUUUGAAACCAAUUUAUUCUUUCGUUUAUAAUAAGCAGGUGACUGUGGUAAACUUUGGGUAAGGAAUAAACAGUGUGUUUCGAACGUUUUAAAGUUCGUCCGUCAAGUCUAUAAUAUAUUCCGAAAUGCAGCGGUAUAUUAAUUUGUUUAUGGAUAUUUUAAAUUGACUGGCAAAACAAAAUCAAAAUAUAAUUUUCGAAACUACUGGACUUAAGCUUUCAUCUCAUAUUUUUUGUUUUUUUUUCUGAAAACUGCCUCCAUUUUUGCUUAUCCCCUCUAACUCUGAAGCAAAAGUUUGGUGAAGCUCCGACAUAUUUUGUAAUGUGGUCCAUAUACCUUGUUGCUGAUCUUCCCUGGGCUCUCGCUCCUUGCACCAUCCCCGUAAUGCCAGCUUUUCCAGGCUAUCUCUAAGCACCACAGGACCAAAAUAAGCGGUGAUUUUUUCGGUCACAAUAUUUCAAAGCCUACUUGUAACAUGCAGCUGUCUAAGGAUAGACUCGUUGGUUCUUCUUGGGUUUUGUUGGGUCCAGGGUAUUCGCAACAUUCUUCGAUAGCAAAACAACUCUCACCCGUCUAUAGUGCGUUUAUCAACGUCCUUCAAAGACCAGCAUUCAGAUUCAUAUAGAAUGGAGAAGACCAUUAUUUUUACAAGCCGUUGUAAUGUUAUAAUCAUCUGCCUUUCUCAAUCCACUGCUGGACAUAGGCCUCCCCUGUUUGUCUCCAAAGUGUUCUAUCUUGUGCUUUCUGCAUCCAGUUUUUUGUUGUCCUUCGUAAGUAAUCUUGCCAUCGUGUUGGUGGUCUUCCUCUGCUACGUUUAUCGGCUCUUGGUCUCCAUUCAACUAGUUUGCGAGUCCAUCUUCCGUCCUUCAUUCUGGCAACGAGUCCAGCCCAUUUCCACUUUAAGCUACAGCUUCUUUCAAUGACGUCUAUUACUUUGGUCUAAGCUCGUAGAUCUUCGUUUCUAAUCCUGUCUCGCAGAGUGGCCCAUAUCAUUGAUCGCUCCAUUCUUCUCUGCGCUACUCUUAGUUUUUGUGCGUUUUUCUUUGUGAGCGAUAAUGUUUCUGCACCAUAGGUCAUCACCGGUAGCACGCAUUGGUCGAAAACUUUUUUCUUCAUGUUAGUUAAAAUGUCACUCUUAAAAAUGUUCCUAAGAGCUCCGUAUGCUGCCCAUCUUUGUAUUAUUUUUCUGGAUACUUCGGUUGUUUGAUUGUCCUUACCUAUCUUAAUUUCGUGACCCAGAUAUAUAUUUGUCUGCCAGUUCUAUUUGUUCAUUUUGUAUUUCAAGGUGUUUACUUGGUACUAAGUUCGUCAUAUAUUUUGUUUUUGUUAUAUUCAUUUUUAAGCCUAUUUUAUGACAUGCUGUACUAAGUUCUUCCAACAUUUUCUUUAUUUGUCCCAAAUCGUGUGCAAUCAGCACUAUAUCGUCUGCGUAGCUUAGGUGGUGUAGCAUCUCUCCUUCCACAUUUAUUUCUUUAUCACCCCAUUCGAGGGUUUUGAUCGCUUUUUCUAGAGCCGAUAUGAAAAGUUUAGGUGACAACGUAUCCCCUUGACGGAUACCUCUUUGGAUUUUUAUUUGGUUGCUGUUAGCGUGUAGUUGUAUCGAGCUUGUCGCAUUUUUAUAUGUAUUACAUAUUAGCCUCGAAUAUCGGCUAUCAGUGCGGCUCUCGUUUAGUGCUUCUAUAACACUGUCGAGUUCUACUGAGUCGAAUGCUUUGUGGAAAUCUAUGAAUACUAAAACUAAGGGCUUGUUAUAUUCUAUGGAUUUUUCGAUGAGUUGUUGUAUUGUUUGGAGGUGAUCGUUGGUUCCAAAGUUUGUUCUGAAUCUAGCUUGUUGUUAGCCAACCAACUUGUUGUUAGCCUCUCACCUGAUCACAACCUUGUGCUAAUUCCGAGCAAGGAUGACAUACAUCCACAUGUGAUACAUUUUUAAUCUUAAGACAUCGACUUAUUGUCGAUUACUAUACAGCUCAUAAUGUAGCAAUAAUGUUAUUUUGAGGUUUUACACCUAUUCAAGUGGCUAGUUUCAAUUACUUGUACACUGGACGUUUACACUGAGGAUGGUCAGUUUGACCGAAAACGUUUUGUACAACCACUCCCUUGUGGAUGAAUUUUAAAAAAAAUUUUUUAAUAUAUUUAUAAUAUACCUAUAUACAACAGAAGUGUUUACUUCAUUCUACGUUGUCUUAACAAAGGUAUACAGCCAACUACAGGGUUUACCCUUUUAAAGUUUUAAUCUUGUGGUGAUUACUCUCGUGAAAAGUUUAUAAAGAUGGUUUAACCACUGAUUGGUCGGUAAUUUUCAAGAUCAGUUUUUUCUCCUUUUUUGUACAGAAGAAUUGUUUUGGCUUUAUUCCAUUCAGAUGGUAUGGAUUUCUUUGUCGAACAUAGAUUAAAGAGAUCUUUUAUUUUUCUCAUUAGAGGUUCACCGCCAUUCUUAACAGCAUCGAUCACUAUUCCAUCGUCUGGAGAAUGAAAUCCAAUAAAUCACCAAAAGAUGAUGGAAAAGACGAUGUGAUGUUAUGGCUUUUCAUAUUUUGGUGAGCUUCUUCAUCGCUCAAUUGGACCUUUUUAUUUAUUUGCUGCAUCCGUCGGAGUUGGUUAUCAGUUCCGUCAAUUAUUUCAAGGAUUAGGUGGAAAGCGUUGAUCAUCUGCGUACCUUAAGUUGUUGACUCUUCUACCGUCAAUGAAUAUACCCCCUUCCAAUUCUGAGAUUGCUUCGGGCAUAAUGGCUUUCACCCUUAAAAACCCUGAAGGAUUAGGCGAAAAGCGUUGAUCAUCUGCGUAUCUUAAGCUGUUGAUUCUUCUACCUCCAAUGGAUAUACCUUCUUUCGAUUCUGCGAUUGCUUCGGGCAUAAUGGCUUUCACCCUUGAAAACCCUGAUUGUCUCCGUCAGUUCCUCAUGCGCCCUCACUUUUACUAUGUUUUCUACGUAGAUGUUAACUAGCAAUGUCAUUAGGUGUUUUGGAGCGCUCAUUUCCUCCGAUAACGAUAUUUCCACAUUCUGCCCCAUCUGAUCAAUUCUGACACUGAACUCUUGGCCGGAUUGUUGAGUAACUUCACUAUUUUAACAGUCGUUGGCGUUUCUGUUAAGGUUAACUGACUUAUUUUUUAAUAUAGAUUUACCCCUAACCUUUACCCCUAAGGACUAAUUUACCCCUUUCUCAAAAACGUACCCCUUUAAAUGGUAGCACUCCGCGGUUUUUUCAUAUUUAGAGGUCCAUUGACUAUAUUAAACAAUAAAACCCCGUUAACGUUGUAGUUCCUUUCUAUAAUACAUAAUCAAUAGCCUACUUAACUGACUUCUUUUUUUAAGAUAGAUAAUAAUCUUGAAAAUACAAUGUAAGAAUAUGUGAUAUUUUAAAGCAAGCUAUUACUUAUAAAAAAUAUUUAAGGUUAUUUAAUUUUAUUUUCUAACGCCUAGGUGUCUAAGCUAUUAAAAUAAUAUAAAAUAAUCCUAGAUAAUGAACGACUUUUGGGCAUUAGUUACUUACUAAUUUUUUAAGAGCGAUUUUAUAAGUGUUUUUAUGUCUCGAAAUUCAGAUUAUUUCCCCGAUCUUCUAUACCAGAAUUGUUAAUAUUUAAGAUUUCUUCAAGACAAAUAUUGAGAAAAACAGGAACUACCUAUUUACUGUGUAUAUUCUCCGCAAUAUGGAAUAUGCAAUAUUUAGUCAAAGAGUGGACCAGGGUCUUCAAGUAGCAAAUAUUUGUCAAUUCAGGUUACUAUUUCUCAAGCACAAAAUAAAAUUUGGUUUGCAUAUCAAUUUAAAAUAUUAGGAAAAUUUACAUCAUUUUUUAUAAUAAUUCCUUUUUUAUAAUCUUGUUCGAGAGUAUUUCAGUCAAGCUAAUAAAGUACGAAGAAAAAUAGCAACCUGAAUAGACAAGUCAGAAAAUUAAAUGUAAUUGUAACUAUUAAUGUUAAUAUGUUAUUUCGAAUACCUAUUUUUUAUUUAUUUGAAAAUAUGGCUGUAGCACUACGAUGUUCGUAUGGGCUACACCGUACUUAAUAUGAAUGUGUUCCUAUACUGACAUCACAUCUCAGUGUGUAUUUAAAUAAAAACUAUUACAAAUACAA